AUGCCUCCUCGAAUAAACAUCCCGCCCGUCACCCGAGUGUUGCUCAUCGCCUUGCUGUUGCAGUCGAUCCUGAGUGCUGCCGUCCGCUAUCGACAAUGGUCCGCCAACUCGGAGAUCGUCGUCGAAUGGCUCACGCUGGUGCCCCAGCUGUCGCUUUUUUAUCCUUGGGUCUUUGUCACGACGACCCUGGUAGAGAACAACAUUUUCACAUUGGGCAUUGCCGGCAUGACCAUUUUUCAGGGUGGGCGUUACCUUGAGAGAGCUUGGUCGUCAAGGGAAUUUGCAAAGUUCCUGCUGGUCACCGCCUUGAUACCCAAUGCCCUCAGCUUCUUGUUUCUGGUCAUGAUGUUUACGCUUACACGGAAUGAGCGUUGGACGCUCACCACCGUCUCUGGCACGAUAUCGCUGCAAAUGUCCUUCCUCGUGGCCUUCAGCCAGCUCGUACCAGCCCACACAGUCACUCUGUUCCGCGGUAUCUUGUCCAUGCGCGUGCCAAGAUUUCCGCUGCUCCAUCUCGCCGUGGUCACGAUUCUGACCAUGACUCCUAUUCUCACGGUUGCCUCGCUCCUACUGGCCAUUUUUGGACUGUUGACCAGCUGGACGUACUUGCGAUUCUACAAGACCGUUUUCCCCGAUCUCGACUCGUCGCAACCGACCGCAUUACGAGGCGAUGCCAGCGAGACAUUUGCCUUUUCCGAGUUCUUCCCCGGCCCAGCCAAGCCAGUUGUUGCUGCCUUUACAGAGCAGGUUUUCAAUGUCCUGGUUGCCAUGAAGGUCUGCACACCAUUCUCCCAAGCAGAGCUAUCGGCUGCUCAAGGCAACAACUACCUGCCUCGGGGAGCUCCAGGAGGUGUUCGAGCUGAGGCCGAGCGACGGAGAGCGCUUGCGCUCAAGGCACUGGACCAGAGAUUACAUGCUGCGACCGGUGCUCCUCGCAGUCAAUCUCAGCCUCCCAGUCACAUCAAUGGACCGACCGUCUCGACUCAACCACAGACUAGUGCCCAGACUGCGAUGACUUCAGAGCCCACGGCCAUGCUAGGAGAGACAAACUACGUUCCGGAUCAAGAUCAUCACGACAAGGACGGAGCAUGA